AUGUGCACUGAGUACUACUACGACGACGAGCUGGACCUCAUGGAGAGCGACGACGACUCGGACGACGACCUCGACUUCGAGGACGAGGACCAGGCGCAGGCGGCCUACCUGCAGUACGAGAGCAGCUGCGCCGAGUGGGACAGCCUCAUCCUGCCCCAGGAGAUCGAGGACAAGUACCCGGUCUUCCUCGAGCACGCGCGUCGCUGGAACAAGUUCCGCAAAUUCGGCCGACGACGUCGCGACUUUCACACGCGUGGAGAUCGGCAUGGGCAUGGAGAACGACGCGACACGCGGUCGAGGCACUUUCAGCACAAGCGAUUGCGCUUCAAGUUCUCCCCGAAGCGACGGUUCGACUACCAGAUGGGCAAGAGAAGCCCGCUGGGCAAAGACGGCAAGCCGCUUCGCUGCUCAAUCUGUGACAGCGACGACUACUUGCAAACUUUCUGUCCUCAGAAGAAGAAGCGCUUCGGAGGAUCCCCCCUGAGCAACCGCCACCUCAGCAGCCGCAACCUGAACCUGAAGGCGCACAGCGACGUGUCAGCGCCCAGCAGCAUCAGCAAGACGUGGCACAUGCAGGGCUUCACCCCGGUCGACGACGACUACGAGCCAGGCGUGGAGGUCGACCUGCAGGGAGAUCCCAUCCUCUUCUCAGAGAACGCCGUUCGACAGCUGCGCUACACCCACGAGCUCUACGAGUGCGAGUAUUGCAAGAUGGAGUUCUGCCAUCUGUGCUCUGCCUACGACGACUGCCUACGCUGCUGGGAAUGUGGAGGAGAGCGUGCCGGCCGCGGCCAGGGCAGCACCCAGGUGCGCACUCAGCGCCUCUGCCCGUGGUGCAGCAACCUCAGUGACAUUCGCAUCGCGGGCUCCUGGGCGGGCUACCAGGCCCGCUCCACAUCGCAGCUACCCGGCACUCGCGGAGGACUUCUGGUCGACAGCGGCGCGAUCGACGACGUGGAUCGCCAGAGCGCCAUCGCCAAGGCGGCGGGCUACGAGACGCACGUCGAGCCUAUGGUGCACCCUGUCGUGGUCAACGGCGUGGGGAAAGGCAGCCAGCAGGCUACGCACCAGGCAGUUGUACCGAUCCAACUCAAUGAUGAGUCCGCUGAGUUUCGAGCCCCUUGCCUGAUGGGCGACGGCGCUGGCGUUCCGGCCCUGCGGGGCCUGCGCUCGCAGAGGCAGUCGCGCGCCAUCGUCGACACAGGCGGCAGCGCGGUCAUCGUCCCUGGCCCCGGAGGCUUCUCGAUGACUCUCAGCCCGGGCAGCAAAGUGAUCCGGUGCGAGAACGCGAUCUCGGGGCACAUGAUGAUCCCCGUGUCGGACUUCGAGGAGCAGGACAAGGAGGUGAUCAAGUCCUCCACGAAGUGGGUCCUCUACGGAGCGUGCUGUCAGCCAGACAGCAGCGGCGCUGCGUACCAUUUCAAGUACUAUCACUACACGGUCAAUUCUGAAAACGACGGCCGCCACUGCCGGUUCUUCGAGACCGUAUUCGGCAGCUACAUCCUCUACUGCGCCGUCGAGCACAUCGACUGUUCCUACGAGCGCUUCACCGCGAGGGAGAUCUUCAGCGGCUCCUGCAAGUUCACCGAGAAGAGCAAGGUCAUGUGGCUAGACCCUCCGGGCGCGGCUACAGGCACCGGCAGCGCCAAGGACCACGAGCUGGCCAGGUACGUCACCCAGCUCGUCCGCGCUCAGUUGGACAAGGCAUCCAGGGAGUACCCCGAGCAGGUGAUCAAGGCAGCUCACUUCGACCUGCUGAAGUUUCUGAAACUAGGAGUGGCCACCAAGACCAAGAAGCGAGCUAAACCGACGCUCGUCCUGCCAGACGAGUGCGCGGGGGACUGCGGCGACAACUUCACCCCGCUCCUGAUGAAGGACAAGGACGGCGAGUUCUCUCAGGAGUGGCACGCCGAGCGCGUCGCGGUCGUCGCCAGCUUCACCGUCACGUGCGCCACCCAGGCCGACGAGAUCUACUACAUCGACGACGAGAUCGACGACCCGGCGGACACCAAGUGCUACUACGAGGACAGCCUCCACGACCUCGAGCACUACCUCGCCGAGUCGGCCAUCGACAUCGUGGAGAUCUACGGCGGCGAGGCGGGCACGACCAGGUUGGCUGCGCAAGUAGCUGAGCAUCAAGCUCUUCACGGUUCACUCUUCGUCGUGGAGAACCCUCAUGCGAGCGGGAUGUGGAAGCUACCAUGCUGGGAGGCACUGCUUGGGCGAGACGACGUCCACAGCAUCAGGAUCCAGAUGUGUGCAGCUGGGCUUCGCGACCCCUUUGACGAACGCGGAGUGCGGCUCAUCCGGAAGGACGCGCUCAUUGUAGCGAACCACCCGGAGAUCAUUCGGCCUCUUCGGAUAUUGCGCUGCCCUGGAGUUUCGCCACAGCAUGUUCAUCAUAUCAACGAGAACGGUCGCUCGCCCUACACCCAGGGGUGGCCGAAGCGAUUAUGCCAGCUGCUCGCCAGAGGCAUCAAGUGCGCCUUGGACAUGCAGUCAGUCGAGGCGUACCCUACGGCCGAGGAGCUGGCGGUCAAGGCCAAUCGCUGGGAUCCUCGCCACACCUUCAAGGACGACGAGUGCAGGUGGAGUACCAAACAUAUCGAGGAGCGCGAGAAGGCAGCUCCACGGGCUCCCGCCGGCGACAUCACCGAGCCGAAGAGCAGCGAGAAGGCAGAGCCGCCUCCGCGGACUCCUGUCCCUGGCAGAGGUUCGCCUGGAGACCCUGCCAAGGAGGAUGACGAGCCAGAGAUGGGCCCGGCCGAGGCCACCGACACCUUGGACGAGCCGGACUGGUCACGGUUCGACUUGGGGCGAUCGCUGCAGGUCUUGCGCAACGGCAACGACGACCAGGUCAAGCGCGUCAUUCAGCGCCUACAUAUACGACACUACCACCAGUCGGCGGACCAGCUGAUCGAGCUGCUGGAGGCCGCUGGGAUUGGGCAGCGAAUCUUAGACAUGGUGGCUCCCGUGGUUCGAGCUUGCAAGAUCUGCCAGAUGUGGCAGCGACCCACUGCCAAAUCCAUGUCGGCAGUGCGGCUCACCACCAGGUUCAACCAGGUCGUGCAGGAGCAGUGCGACCGCGAGGGCAUCAUCAUCAAGCCUGAGCAGAUCGUGCUCGAGUCGUGCUACGCGAAGAACGCCCUGAUGACCAUCGGCAAGACCACACUGUGCAAGGCUGUUCUGGGCGAGACGCCCCAUCUGCUCCAGGACUUCGAGACUCCCACGACGACUCAGCAGGAAGAUCAGCAGCAUCUUCAUCGAGCGCGUGCGCGCGAGCUUGCUCUCUCCAGCAUGAUCGAGAAGACGGCGAUCGAGCGCGUCGACAGGUCUGUGCGCUCUCGCACGCGCCCGGCUGGCCAGAAGUUCCAGUGCAAGACGGGCGACCUCGUCGACAUCUUCCGGACGCCGCCCAACAAGGACCUCGACGGCUGGAGAGGCCCGGCGAAGAUCGUGGACGCCACGGAGGAGACGCUCAACGACGGCAUCGUCCACGUGCGCUGGGGCGGUCGCGUGCUCAUCUGCAGGCUCCAGGACGUGAGGCGGCAUAUCGUGUUCUGGCCGAGCUUCUUCCUGCAGUUCCCAGACGAGUGGGCCCCGCUGCGGGAGUUCGUUGCCGAACUCGGCCGUCGCAUGACUGUCAUCGGCUGGGUCUACGCAGCGCAGGGCUGGAUCAUAUCUCAGGGAGCUCGACUUCAUCCUGGGAUAUGCGCUCGCGGCCUCAUGAUCGCCAACAUGCACAUGGGCCUCGCCAACUGCGUGGGCAUCCGAGUGGGCUACGGCAUUCGCACCAUCCCGGAGAUGGACGCCGUCUCCUACGCGCCCUUCGUCAACUGGUACACCGGUCAGGGCGGCUACAGCUACCUGGAGUGGCAAGGGACGCGCCGUCUCGACACCACGCAGGUGUUCGGCGGGCGUUGGCACGACACCUACUGGGUGCAGUUCCUCACCGUCGUGGAUACGGACGCGCAGAUCAUACAGCGUGAGGGGCGCGAGCGCGCACCACCAGACACCGAUAUGGACAGGGCCAUGGGCAGCUUCGACGACGACUCCGACGAGGACGUGGUCCCGGCAGUUCAGGUUCCUGACAAUGAUGACCAAGCUGAGCUCGAGACCAUCCCGCACGACGAGGACGGCGACCGCCUCGACGAGGUCUCGGAGGACGACGACGAGGAGGUGUGCGACGAGAACCUCUACGUCGACGCUUGGUGGGCUGCGGUCAGCAGUCAUUGCAGCAGGCAGAUCAUCGAGACGAAGGAUUUCUUCAACGUGAGCGAAGCUCUGUCUGGAGUUUCUCCGCCGAGCGUCACCGGUAGCGAGCCUCCAGAGAUCGAGUUCGACGACGUUCUCGUGCGCUGGAUGGAGCGCGGCCACUUCGUUACCCACAUGGGCGACUGGCGAGAUGGACGUCUCGUAGCGCGAUGGGCUUCUUCCAGGCGGAGCUGGUGUUUCCUCAUCGAGAGGGAGAUGCGCAGCCUCAAGGAGGAGGAGGAGCGCACCCACCACAAGGACGUGAUCACGGCCAAGCUGAAGGAGCUCAAGUCCUGGGUGGAGCUCGAGGCUGUCAAAGCCCGUCUGGUCAUCAGAGGCCUCAUGGACCAGCGGCAGGGCGGCCUUGACGCGGCCAGCUUCACCGCAAGGCGCACUUCACAGCGCCUCGUCCUCAGUGUUGGGGUGCAGUAUGGUUGGGCUAUCUUCAGCUGGGACAUCGGCAACGCGUUCCUGCGAGGGCUCAGCUUCACCGAGAUCAAGGAGCAGGGUGCGGAGGUUAUGCGAGAGGCGUGCCUGGACCCACCGGCAGACGUCUUCUCCAUGUUGCAGGAGUUCGCGGCCCUCAAGGGCACCAGCAAGAUGACGCACCUGCUCAGGCUUCUCAAGGGUGCCUACGGCCUGAAGGACGCCCCGAGGUUAUGGAAGCUACGCUUGGACAAGUACCUGGCCGCAGUCGGAGGGCAGCAGUCCUCUCUUGAUGGGUGCAUCUGGAUGUGGUUCAAAGACGGGAGUCUUCAUGGACUGCUGUCCACGCACAUCGACGACCUGAAGGGAGCCGGUACGCCCGAAUGGCGUGCAUGGCUGUUCGGGCAGUUGAAGUCCAAGUUCGGCAAGAUCACCGUGCAGGAGCGGGAGUUCGAGCACUGCGGUAUUCAGCACAAGCAGCUCGGCGAUGGCAGCAUCGCCAUCGCGCAGGACCGCUGCGUCAAGCAGCUCAAGCCUAUCCCGAUCACAGCGGAGCAGAGGUCGUCGCCCGACGAUGUGAUGGACGACGUUCUUCACGGACACUUUCUUGCACUUCAAGGCGGUCUGGGAUGGGCCGUCAACGCCAGGCACGACAUCGCGGUCUACGUGGGAGCACUUCAGCGUCAUCAGAAGGCACCCGCGAUCAUGGACGUGAUCAACUUGAACCGCGUGCUGAAGUGGGUUAAGCGCAAGCCCUGCGUGAUCCCCUUCGAGAAGCUGGUGCCGCCGCUGCGCGUGCUGGUCACCAGCGACUCAGCCUUCAAGCGCGAGAACGGCGAGUCCAUGGCGUGCCGCGGGCAUGUGCUGGCUCUGGCCGAGAAGCAGGAUGACAACCCAGGUGGCAGAGCUCAUUGGCUGGAGGCAGUCUCCAAACGGCAUCGUCGAGUGACGCGGUCGACUUUCGCAGCGGAGAUCAACGGCCUCGCAGACGCCAUCGAGCCGGGCAAGGUGAUCGCGAUGCCGUACAGUGAGGUGAUCAACGGCACCACCACCGCGCACAUGCUGGCGAACGACGCAUCGCAGGGCAACUGGCCAGUACGCAUGGAAGCGGUCAUCGACGCGGACUCGGUGUUCAAGUCCGUGACCGCACAAGACGUCAAGUUGCCGUUGGAGGAGUCGCUCAUCAGCAUCGUGAUGGCCGUGCGGGAGCAGUUCAGCCUCGGCCUCAUGGAGCGCUUGUGGUGGUGCAGCACAGUCGACAUGCUGGCGGACGCUAUGACCAAGGGCGCAU